AUGCUACAAGCCUUGCUUGGAAUCGAUGUGCCGUUGAAUGCCACGGCGUCCUUCCCUGGGAACGCGUUUUACCACGCCGCGCCAGGAUUUCCAACCUCUGCUUUCGCAUCCUACUACGAUUCUCCGGCCCUGCCGACGAAAGAACCUCAACCCAUUAUCUACGACCCAAUUUUGAAAUACACCUUCCCAUUUGAGUUGACAAACCCUGAUACUAUCCCUGAAGGUCAAGAUGAGCCAUUCUUUCCCUCACCUCUGGCAAAUUUGUCGUCAGCUGAGGAGCAUGCUUUGAUCGAGUCUGUGAUUUUCAAUGUGACCGAGGUCAUCAAAAGCAGCACCUCCGAAAACCAAUGCGACAGAUGCAAGAGGGCUCUUGCUGCUGCCAAGCCUGCUGCCCUGUUUACUCCAACCAAGGCUCCCGAGGCCAUGAUCAGCUUGUGUAAGGCGUUCAAAUUUGCCUCUAAUAAAACCUGUGAACAGCAGUACUCUGAACAUGCAUUUGGUUCUAUCUGGACCCAGGUCUUGGCAUAUGCGGACGUCGAAGGUCUUGAUGGUCAGUAUAUCUGCUAUUCGCUCAAGAAUAGUUUUUGCCCUCGGCCUAAUACUCGUCCCCUCGAUACAUCCAGCUGGUUCCCCAAGCCUAAGCCGGCCAAUGCCCAUGCCCCAAAGGCGAGCGGAGAACGGGUGAAGGUGCUUCACAUGUCUGAUUUCCACCUGGAUGCUCGGUAUGCGGUCAGCUCGGAGGCAAACUGCUCAUCAAAACUGUGCUGUCGCAGUGACAAUCACAACGAUCACUCAGAGGAUGAGGUACUAAUUCCUGCCACCCCUUAUGGAAAUUUCAAAUGUGAUACUCCUUACGAUCUAGGUCUUGCUGCUCUGCAGUCCGUUGGCCCAUUGACUGGUACGGGGGAAGUUCACUACGAUGAGCAUCUGGCAUGGACAAUUUACACUGGGGACUUGGUGUCGCACGACCCUGAGCUUCAGACCUCUCAUGAAUAUCUGGAGUACACUGAGACCAGUAUCUUUCAAAUGUUCAGGGAAUAUCUUACGGGGCCUGUAUUUGUUACGCUGGGAAACCAUGAUUCGGCCCCUUCCAAUAUCGACUCUCCCCAUAGUCUCCCCGGGCGUCUAGGCGAACAAUCAAGCUGGAAAUACGAGCACGUGGCUCGUCUGUGGCAGCAUGAAGGCUGGAUUAGCAAUCAGACUGCAGAUGAAGCGGCAACACACUAUGGCGGUUACUCUAUCAAAACGAACUACGGGCUACGCAUCAUUUCGAUCAACACCGACUUUUGGUACAGGGCGAACAUCCUCAAUUUCAUCAACACGACCAAUCCCGAUAACUCGGGCAUGUUUUCCUGGAUGAUCAAUGAGCUACAAAAGGCUGAAGAUGCGGGUGAACGAGUCUGGAUCAUCGGCCACGUUCUCAGUGGAUGGGAUGGCUACAACCCACUGCCCGACCCAACAAAUCUCUUCUACCAAAUCGUGGACCGGUAUUCACCACAUGUCAUUGCCAAUACAUUCUGGGGUCAUAAUCAUGAGGAUCAAUUCAUGGUUUACUAUGCAAACAACGGUACCGAUCGAAAUGCGGACACCGCACUCUCAACUGGUUGGGUUGGACCCAGUGUCACGCCUAUGACCAAUCUGAACAGCGGAUACCGGCUAUAUGAGGUCGAUACUGGAGACUUCAAUAUCUAUGAAGCUUAUACCUUCUUCAGCAAUGUGUCGGCUUACUCUGCUCUGCGUGAAACGGGCCCAACAUUCCAGCCUGAGUAUUCCACCCGCGAUACAUAUGGUGCAGCUGCUGGGUGGGACAAGCGGGAUCCAUUGAACGCAACAUUCUGGCAUCGUGUCACCGAGGCUAUGGAGACAGACCUGGAUCUGGUUACCCUGCAAAAUGCUCUACAGGGAAAAUUGAGUGUCAAGAGUCCUGUCUGUGAUACGGCGGAGUGUCAAAAGGCCAAGAUCUGCUACAUGCGUAGUGGAAGUGCUGGGCUGGGGUAUGAGUGUCCUCAGGGGUAA